AUGAAAUUAUGCGCUUUCGCCUUCUCUUUCUUAUUUACUUCUCUUUCCUCUCUAGUUACACCUGAAGCGCCAGCCCAGCAAUCUCAGAUUGUUAUAGAGACCACGGGCACAGGAGCCAUAGGCCUCACCAUCACCACGGUCACGGGCAUCGCGGGCACAUUCUCGCGCACCAUAACCGGACCGGACGGAACUAUCCUCGUCCCACCUCCCAUCCCCGUCCACCCCGGCUGUGAACUCUCCCCCCAAAUGGCCAAAGCGGUGAAAGACUAUGCGAUCGACCAUUGUUGCGACUAUGUGAAGGCCAAGAAUCUGCUUAGAGAUAAGAUCGUGGCAAAGGUCCUCGAGAACACUCAAGAGAAGCUCAUGGAAUUGUUGCAAAAUGAACUUGAUCGGAUAAGCAGCGAGGAGGAGGAUGAUGAUCUCGACCUUGACUCCGACAUGGAGGAAGGCGACCGGACCUUGGAGGGUUAA